CUGAAACCAAAAAAUAAUCUGAAGUAUGCAAGAACUCAAACGUUGAUUGGACGAACCCAAUGCAAAACCCAAACACGAACCGAAACCAGCUCACCAGUUUACACUUGUGUUAAAAAACGCACGUGUUUCUUUGACCUUGAUCACUCCAAAAGAAGCUUCCAAAAAAAAGGGUCCUGUUUGCUUCUUGCCCUAAUCUCUUUUCUCUUUACUUUCUCUAGUUUCGGAUUCAACUCAACUGAAUUCAGUAACAUAGUUCGUUAAUUAAGAUUUUGGAUGAUAGUGAGGAACUUGGAAACUGAAAUGCCGGGUGGUCGGCAUUUUUCUCGAGUAGAUACUUUAGAGCUGAAAUCUCAGAUUGAAAGGAAGAUUGGGCGUAUAAAAGCGCAGAAGUACUUCAAUCUGCUUACUAGAUUUUUAAGUCUUAAGAUUGGCAAACCUGAGUUUGAUCGGCUCUGCAUUGGUAUAAUCGGGAGAGAAAAUGUUCGUCUUCAUAAUCAUCUCCUUAGAUCAAUUAUCAGAAAUGCUUCACUUUCAAAGAUUCCUCCAUCAAGAGAGAACAAAUUGGGAGGUUCUUUAAGUGUUAAAGUGGCAAAUGGGUAUCAAAGAAGUAAUCUUCAAUCACUGUGCAAAGACUUUCCUCAAUCCCCUCGUAAGGGCAGGACUCCAAAUCUUCGUGAUCGCAAGUUUAGGGACCGCCUAAGUCCUCUAGGGCCUCAUGGGAAGAGCCAUAUUACUGCUUGUGAUGAUGCAAUUCCUAAAGUUCAAGAGCAGCAGAGUGCUACUGAGUUGCUUUCUUUAGGUAGCAGACCUCCUGGCUCUGUGGAGGAUGGAGAAGAGGUUGAUCAAGCUGCAGGAAGUCCAAGCAUUCACUGUAGGAGUCCUGUUAGAGCUCCACUUGGCAUCUUUUUUAAUGCUAAGGGUAUACGAAAAGUACCAUGGAAUGGAUUGGCAUCUGUUUCUUCUGAGACAUGUCAUUGCAGAGGUGAACUACCUGAUAGCAGUUCUUUGAGGAAGAGGUUGGAACAGAAGUUGGAGCUGGAGGGAUUAAAUAUGUCAGUGGAUUGUGCCAAUUUGUUGAACAAUAGCCUUGAUGUUUUCAUGAAGAGAUUGAUAAAACCCUGUUUGGAACUGGCUGGUUCGAGGUCUGGACAGAAAUUUAUUGACAAAGGUCAUAAUUGGUCCAUGGCCUCUUUGAAUGGGAGGCGGCCUGCGAGGUAUGCACAAAAACCAAGUGGGUCCAUUUCUGCAUCAAUGUUAGACUUUCGAGUUGCGAUGGAGCUAAAUCCCCUGAUUCUUGGAGUAGACUGGCCAACGCAACUUGAGAAGGUCUGCCUGCUUGCUUCGGAAGAGUGAACUGGAACUGAUUGGCCCAUUGAUUUGAGUUGGACCAGGUUGCGGCCAGAGCAAUUUUGAGUAAUUUCAAUUAUAAAGUCCACUCUAACAUUGAAUUUGAUCAUACCAUUUUUAUAGAACAGAUGAACAGAUGAAGUAAAUAAGUAUAAGGGCUACAGGAGUUUUGGAUCAAGCGAUUAUAUUGUAUACAGGUCAUGGCUCUAAUUUGUCCUGGAGGUGUGACGUCUUAACAUGGUGAAAUACAACUAUUUUGACACUUUUUAAGAAUCUACCUGUUACAAAUAGGCUAGCAACUAUCUCCACCUGAUAUAUAUAGUUUGCCGUUGUUUUUGAACACUUAUUUUCAUAAUAAUAAAGUGGAUCUUUGAGUUUUUGGGCUUGCUUUUCUUGAAUUUGUCAUGUGAGCUUUGAUCAUCUACUAUUCUUUUUCUAUCUGAUACAGUCAAUUAUUUCUUCUAUUGAUUUACUCUUCUUUGUGUUUGUUUACUGUCUUGCCGCCAUAAACUAAUUUACUGUAGUGGCUUUGGGGUACGACAUGGCAAUAAAAUUAUUCCAUUCCUUCUAUAUCGAGACCAAGAAUCAUUCUUUUGAAUGGUGCUGCAUAUCCUUAUAUGAGAUUGGAUGCCUUUCACUUAUCUUAUUUCCUUCUCCUUGCCCCUUUAUCUGCAACUGUUUUCAAUCAUAUAAUUGCAAAAGUCUGUUUUCCUUUGUAUGGCACGUCAGGGCAGAAUUUAAACCUUUUUUCUUUUCUGUCUAUUUUAGUUGGAUUUGUUUGGGAACAUGGACCAAAUAAUAGAGGACAUGGUUUUAUAGAAGCCAUUUAUUUUAUAAUCUUGCACAUGUAGAAGGAAGAAGCAGAUGGUUAAGGAUGAACUUGAGGCUGAUAUCUCAAUCAUUGUGGUCUAAUGGUACUUGUUCCUAUGGGCUAUGAUUCAUUCAUGCAUUUCAUUUCUAGCUUUGCACUUGUUAUAUUUUCCUCAUUGUUUGCUUUAUCUUAUCUUGGAUUAGAUGGCAUGUGAAGUCACUACCACUGCAUGCAUCUAAGAGGCAUUGUUUAUCUAUCAGAUCGAAAAAGCUACUACCAGUGCAUAUUUGUUAUACAGUUCACAAAUACGGUGACAAAUGACAAUAUUAUUUCUCAGUAUCAUGAAGGUGACUUGCUAUAGAAUUUGAGAAUGACUAAUGUUCCAUGGCAUUAUUUGAGGUGGAUUCGUUUCUAGUGUAAACAUAAAAUGGUUCAACUUGUUUUUAAUACAAACUAUUAUGAAACUGCUGACUUCAGUUUGACAAAAUGGAGCCAUAGUCUCUUACCUUUUUUCUCGGAGUGAAAUGGAUGUUAAGACAACGUUUUCGAGUUUAUAAAGAAACCUGAAAUUUGCUGGAGGACCUCUGGUUGAAGGUGUGCCCUGUCCCUCAUUCUUCUUAGAGACUCCGCUAAUGUCCUCAGUGAUGACAAGGUAUGGGUGCCUUUCUGUGUCUUGUAGAACUUUGUUUUGAGUGAAGUGCUAGAUCACCGAGCCUAACCUUGCAGAUUAACUUUUUUGGCUGGUUUCACAGCAAUUUCUUGAUAGCAGAUAGUUUAUCAUGCAGCUGGUCUUCAUUCUGUGCCCAAUACUACUUUCCCAUAAUGGAAAGUGCAAGAAACAGUGGUUUGAAUAUAUCGAUUCUUGCAUGUUUGUUUUUCUCAUUUAAGAAUCUUCCAUGCUAUUUGAUUUACAUCAACAUGACAAUAAGAUCUGGCUUGCUCUGUUUGGAUAAUGGACUGUGAUUUAUGGAUCAAGCUUAAUUUCUAGUGAGUUUGACCAUCUUACUUUUUAUUUCAGAACAUUAUUAAUGGAAAAAAAAAACUUAUUUCAAGUGUCGUACAACUGGAGAAAGGCAUGCGCUGGAAAUUCUGGAAAUUAUGUUGCCUGUCACGCCAUUGUAAUGAGUAAUCUGAGGGCACUAUUUCUGUUACGAGGGAGACAUUAUCACGUCUUUUAGUGUGAAAGCUUCUUAAGAUCAAGAAUCUUGUUGGUUUUCUUGCAUUAUCAUUUUUCUUAUGACAUCUUUUGAUUGAGAUUGAUUAGUAAACAUCUUCUGUUCAUUGAAUACUUGGCAUUCGUUACUUGGAUAUUAAAUGAAUCAGUUCAUUUCAAAUGAACCUAUGCAUAAAAGGCUUCGUGAUGUUUGGAAAUGUCCAAUCUAGAAAUAGAAUAUUUCGUCAAUUAGGAUGCCAUUGAAAACCCUUGAUUUGGAUGAUAAUUCUGCUGAAACACAGAGAGGAUUGACAUAUAAAGGAAUUUAUGUCACUCCCUUAACCCCACUCUUGCACCUUUGGGUAGUUUCAUACUGAACCUGCGGGAGUUUUGGGGAGUAAUCUUUAGAUGCAUGGGAUCAGAUAUGGAGAAAUAUUGACCAAUUAUUGUCUGUUUAAUGCUAAUGCUGAAAAAGAAAGUGAAGCAACUGUUGAAUGAUCGAAAGUUAUGUGACAUUGCAUCAUAUCAAUCUAAUUAUCUAUUUAAUACAUAUAACAUAAAACGACAACUUAAUGAACACUUGCAGUGAGCUGGAAGAUCAAAUUAUCGAUUCAAACUGACGUUGAUCGAUGAUUAGACAAGCUCACCAUUGAUGCAUUUUUCUUGUAAUAGUAGGUAGGUAACUUGUUUGGAUCAUAAAUGGUCCUUCAAGAAAAGUCUUGAAAUUUGGGCCAUUUCCAUGUGUUUUAUAUUCUGCAUUAUCAUUGUGUGUUACGGUAGCUGUCAACACCAGUGAUUGUCAGUGCGCUGUCAAGACAAAAACAUUACGUAACUGGAUAUUGACGAGAAGCUGAUUAAAAAUCUGCCUGGACAUUCUUGUACACAAAUGUGGUGUGGGGAUCGUAAAACCAAGAGAAGAUGGACAAAUGAUGAUGUCUUAGGACUUGUGUAUUGACGGUUCUGGUUCAUUCAGAGACUCAAAAGUCGUGCUGAUUAAGUAAUGAACUUGGCCAAUGCAUGACAAUUGAGAGAGACCAGCAAUAACAUGGACAUGGACAUGCUAGAAAAUGACUUGUAGUCCCCAGCGGAAAUUGCUACUUUUUAGUGCAGAGACAAGCAAAAUUUUGUAUCGGAUACCCUGUCUACUCUCAAGUCUCCAAGUCUUUCUUUUAUUCUCAACCGUAAAGCAAUUCCGAAUAACAUCCAUUUUUCGUGCAUAAAUAAUUCCACAUGAGGUCCCUCGAUUGUGUGGUUUGGGACUACAAAAAGGGGAAGGACCAAGGAAGAGAAGGAAUGCAAGGAACAUUAUCUAGUAGUAAAAUAGUAGAAUGACAAAUUUUAAACGGUUGCAACUUGAAGCCAAGCACUUGUCACAGGCAUCUGAAAUAGGGUUCAGACCUGCUAAAUGGGUCGAUAAGGGAGAAGGCAAUAUGAAUUAGUCAACUCCCCUGGCAUAUUUCCUUGGAACUGAAUCAAUGAUGAGCCUUUCAUGCAGCCCUAUAUAUUAGGACAGUUAAAUGUGCAAAGAUACCAGUCGAUAUAAAGAGUAAUGCUG